GAGUGUGGUCUCCGACUGUCGGAUAUUUCUUUGUUUCUUUCUUCCAUUUUGAAUUCUUUUCUCCUAAUUAUUCCAAAAUGUUUCUUAUCGGCUCUGAAAUCAGAGUACCGAUCAUCUUUGCGGCUUGUUUCGAUACCGAUUUCGCCCUCAGUGAUUUUUCAUCGGUUCGCUUUGCGAGAUCAGGAUUCAGGAGCAGCAAUGUCUUGCAAUGCGUGCAAAUUCUGCACGGCGCUGGAUGCUUAGGUUUCGAUUAUGAUCCUCUAUGUUCUAGGUAUAGUCGAUCUCUCCUAUUACGCUCUGCUCGUCCUCAACUAUGGUCCGCCUCUCUUAGUUCUAGGGACCUAAUUCUUCCAAUUUCUUAAGAGUACGAACUUAAGAUUAGCUUGUACAUUUGCUUUUUUUCUUCACUUGUUUCUGCUGAGACGAAUUUAUUAGCUUGUAGAAUAGAGUUAUGCAGAGAAUAGAGUAUCUCUGGGAUUCUUCUUUUCGGUUUGCCAGAAUUACACAAAAGAGAAUAAACACUUUGCCUAAUUCUGAAGUUGGAAUGAUAUGUUGUGUUGUUGAUGCUAUUAUGGAGCUACUUUUCUGUUGUUCUAACAAAUCCGGGGUGUGUUCCACCGCCCCGUUGCCAUCACUGUUUUGUUUGUGGAAGGUGUGUAUUGAAACUGGACCAUCAUUGUGUGUUGGUCGUCAAUCGUGUUGGAGCAAAGUACUAUCAGUACUUCCUGCUAUUUUUGUCUUGAAUUUACCAUUUGCAGCGAGUGUUAUGAGUUUUCUGAUAUUGCACGUAUCACCGGUAGCAGUCAAUACCACCAGAAUUAAGGUGUCACGGUCAUGCUCAUCCAAGGCGUAUUGCCCAUGGCUGCAUGUCAAACCCCUUGUGUUGUACCACUUUGUUGUUUUCCUUCACCGUAUUCAUGAUGUAUAGUUUCCUUAUAGUUUCGGAAAAAUCAUGUCUAUGCUUGCUAGAUUAAAAAUGCCUUGGAAUGUACUAUAGGGGAUGCGAUUAGUCGUCAAUUCUUCCUACCCGGAAUUAUAUAGGAUCUAAGUUGUUGUGUUGCCUUCUUUCCUUAUAUCCUAUAACACUGCUUUCUUCAUUUCUCUCAAUCUUGCUUUCAAACUCUCUCUCUAAAAUCUCUCUCCCCCUGUUUUCUAAAACCUUCUUAAAACAGGACCAGAAGCUUGAGUAUACGUCACCCGACCGAAGGCGACACGAUUUCGAGUUGGCUGACUCACUCCAUGGUAAGAGUAAGUGCCGCACAACCGCUUGCAAGCAUUUCGUAAGAGUGCGAUUGUGACACAAGGCAUACGAGAAGAAAACCACUAAAAAAAAUGGCAUCAUGGCCUUGGUCGCCGAAGAAUUUUGAGCUGGUAUCUUCUUCACUACUCACUGGCCUCUUCCUUGCUGACAUUCACUUAUUCACUUAUUGAUGGUAGAUCUCUCUGUUGGUAGCUAGACGCUAAUUUUACCAUAUUGAUGUCCAUAUUUAGUUACAAGCUACCCAAGUUUGUAGAGUUUGA